GUAAAUGUGAAUGUGACUGUCUGUACUUCAUCACGACUACAAUGACUGUUACCAUGAAGGCAAACAAGUCCUACAAACUUGUGGUGCACAAGAAGGGCUUUGGAGGGAGCGAUGAUGAGUUGAUGAUGAACCCUAAAGUCUUUCCUCAGGUUAAACUGGGGGAUAUUGUUGAGAUUGCACAUCCAAAUGAUGAGUACAGUCCUCUGCUGCUGCAGGUCAAGAGUUUGAAAGAAGACCUGCAGAAAGAAACUAUCAGUGUAGAUCAGACAGUGGCUCAGGCCUUCAAGCUUCGUGCCUACCAGGACGUCAUCAUCAAUAUUGUGGACCCAAAGGAUGUGACUUUGGAUCUGGUGGAGCUCACCUUUAAAGAUCAGUAUAUUGGACGAGGAGACAUGUGGAGACUGAAGAAGAGCUUAGUGAGCACGUGUGCGUAUGUGACACAGAAAGUAGAGUUUGCAGGGAUCAGGGCCCAGGCCAGUGAAUUGUGGGUAAAAGGAGAGAAGGUCACUUGUGGCUACAUUAGUAAAGAUACAAGGGUGUUGUUUCGCUCCACCUCUGCGAUGGUUUAUAUAUUCAUUCAGAUGAGCUGUGAGAUGUGGGACUUUGAUAUCUAUGGUGAUCUUUACUUUGAGAAAGCUGUCAAUGGUUUCCUUUCGGAUCUGUUUGCCAAAUGGAAAGAGAAGAAUUGCAGCCAUGAGGUUACAGUGGUGCUGUUCUCUCGUACCUUCUACUCUGCCAAAUCACUGGAAGAGUUCCCAGAGAUCCAAAGAGCGUCAGUUCGACAAGACCAUGAGGGAUGUUAUUAUGAGGAUUUCUACAGGGUGGUGGCCCAGAAUGAAAGGCGUGAUGAGUGGAUGUCUCUGCUUAUCACUAUUAAAAAGCUCUUCAUACAGUAUCCUGUGCUGGUGCGUCUUAAAGGAGCAGAUGAAUUCCUGUGCGGGAACAAUUCCACUGCUGCUCAGGGAAAUUAUCUGGAAGCUAUCAACUUGUCUUUCAAUGUCUUUGAUAAGCACUACAUCAACCGUAACUUUGAUCGUACGGGUCAGAUGUCAGUGGUCAUUACUCCAGGAGUGGGUGUGUUCGAAGUGGACCGCUUGCUCAUGAUCCUCACCAAACAGCGAAUGAUUGACAACGGCAUCGGUGUAGAUCUGGUAUGCAUGGGAGAGCAGCCCCUCCACGCUGUUCCACUCUUCAAGUUACAUAACCGUACAGUGCACGGAGACUCUAGAAUUGGCGAUGACUACAACCUGCCUCACUGGAUCAACCACAGCUUUUACACAUCAAAGAGCCAGAACUCAUGCAGCUGUUUUACACCACGGAUCAAGCUGGCUGGAAAAAAGGCUCAUGCUGAGAAAGCUACAAGCAACAAAGAACAUUCUCUUGGUGCACCAAAAGAUGCUGAGAACAGCCUUCCGAUCCAGGUGGACUAUGAUGCGUACGAUGCUCAGGUCUUCAGGCUUCCUGGACCUUCCAGAUCCCAGAGGUCCACCAACUUCAGGUCGAGUCGGGAGAGGGAGUCAGCCAGCAGGAAAAGUUGGGGCUCAACGGAUGUUGGUGGAGGUGUAGUGGGCAGCUCUCCCCCAACCAGGCCUACAGGACCAGAAGAACAGAGGAGCCUGGCAUCAGAUGACAGUUUGAGCCACAUCUCCAACAUCCUCCUCAUCCCGCGCCCGGCUCAGGGCCAAUACGAGGUCAGCAGCUCCCUGGGGUACACCAGCUGCACAAGAGAAUUGCUAGAAAAGAUGGUAGAAUCACAGAGGGACUCCAGUGCUCCGGGCCGCUUCACUGUGGGAAGCGCUGAGUCCACUCUGCACAUACGGCCGGGCGGUUACACGCCCCAGAGGGCUCUCAUCAACCCGUUCGCCCCCUCACGCAUGCCAAUGAAACUCACCUCCAACCGCCGCCGCUGGAUGCACACAUUUCCUGUGGGUCCUUCUGGAGAGGCAAUCCAGAUCCACCAUCAGACGCGACAGAACAUGGCAGAGCUGCAGGUUAGUGAGCAGAGAGACCCGGCUCGUACCUCUGCUGAGCUGCUAGAACUGGCCUAUCACGAAGCUACGGGAAGCAAGCGGACAGUAUCCCGUCAUGCAGGAGAGAAUGGACUGUAUAUCACUGGAGUUCCUGAUAAUGUCUCUGGAAGCCCAGCUAGUAGCAACAGCACUGGAACAUCAGUGAACCGUGGUUCCUUUGAGGAUUACUCCAGUCCAGAUCCGAUCCUGCUGCUAUCUGCCCCUCCGACAGUGCCUAGUUUUUGCUGCACGGUCGGGGUGGACUGGAAGUCCCUCACCACUCCUGCCUGUCUCCCCCUCACGACCGAUUACUUUCCCGACCGCCAAACCUUGCAGAAUGACUACACAGAGGGCUGCUACGACCUGCUGCCACACACUGACCUGGAGAGGCGUGACGAUGAGUCCCCAGUGAUGACGGCCCAUCAGGUGUUUGAAGAGUUCAUCUGUCAGCGACUGAUGCAAGGCUACCAGAUCAUUGUACAGCCUAACAAGAAGCCACAGCCGGCUAUAGCCCCGCCCCUCAGCAGCAGCCCCCUUUAUUCCCGAGGGCUGGUGUCUCGACGUAAACCAGAGGAGGAGGAGAGUGUUUACUGGCUCAGUAUGGGAAGAACCUUUCAUAAAGUCUGCCUUAAAGAUAAGAUCAUUACUGUCACCCGCUAUCUCCCAAAGUAUCCCUAUGAAUCCACACAGAUUCAGUACAGCUACAAUCUGUGCCCUCCACAUGCAGACGCCCACUUCCUUCCAUUUUGGGUGGAGUUCAGCCACGAGCGGCUGGAGGAGUACAAAUGGAACUACCUGGACCAGUACAUCUGCUCUGCCGGCUCAGAGGACUUCAGUCUUAUUGACUCUCUGAAGUUCUGGCGUACACGCUUCUUGCUGCUGCCAGCGGGUGGAGCCAGGCGAGUGGCGGAUGGUGAGGGUCACUGGGACGUGUAUGGGGAGGGAAUGGGGGCAGGACGGGAUGGCACUGGGGACUGGUCUCUUUUGGAUGGAUUUAUCCGCUUUUUGGAAGGCCUGAACAGGAUUCGUCGCCGUCACCGAUCUGAUCGAAUUAUCCGCAAAGGAGCUACCAUUAAAGGCUUGCAGGUGACAGGAGCUCUCUCAUCCUACAAUCCAGAGCCUAUAGCACCCCCUGUGGGCAAAAAGGGCACCUCUGCCCUCUCUGCACUCCUGGAGCUGGAUCAGACACAGAAGAGUUUUGAAGAGCAGCAGCUUGCUGCUCAGCAUGGUGGGAAAUCAUGUGGACCUUUCAGUGAAGCUGCCAGCGUUGCCCUAACAACCACCUAUGUCGAUAGCCCCCGUAAGGAUGCUGCCUUCAUUUUGGACUUUAUUCGUAGUCCACGUUCCUCCUACAUCUGUCACUCUCAGCUGCCAGCUGAACAGGUUCCAGCAAAUCACAUUGAGGGUGGGUUGUCGGACAAAGGAGGCAACCAACCAGGAGAGAGAACACCAGCUACAUCCCAAGCCACAGGAGACCAAACCCUAGGCACUGGUGCAGAGACUAGCGCGCAGUCAGGCUCCAGUGGAUUGAGUCUUUCCUCAUCUUCCACACUAAUGGAGAUCCUGGAAGCCAUUAAGCAUCCCACCACUGGAGUGCAGCUUUUGCCAGAGCAGAGGGGCCUGCCUCCCAACUGCUUUGUCAGUGCUGAGGUUGUACAUUGGCUGGUCAGCACUGUGGAGAAUGUUGCCACACAGGGAAUUGCAGUAGAAAUCAUGCAGAAAAUGCUGGAUGAAGGUCUAAUUAUGCAUGCCUCCGGUGAUGCCAUGCGGACGUUUGUUUAUGGAUUCUACCUCUACCGGAUUGUUGACAAGGACAACGAAAAGGCUCCUACGACUCAGCUGCCCCCAGCGGGAGCCAAUGUAUGGUCUGCAACAGCUAUGGAGGACUUUGCCCUGUUUCAGAGGAAGUGGUUUGAGGUGGCCUUUGUUAUGGAGGAACGUCGGCCUUGUGACUUACCUGCCUUCCUGCUGCCCUGGUUGCCCAGCCGGCCAGCCUCGUAUGCAAGUAGGCAAAGCUCCUUCAGCCGCAGCUUCGGAGGACGCAGCCAAGCUGCUGCACUGCUAGCUGCCACGGUUCCAGAGCAGAAAACAGUCACCUUGGACGUUGAUGUGAACAAUCGCAGUGAUCGAACUGAAUGGUGCAGUUGCUAUUACCAUGGCAACUUCUCCCUCAGCGCUGCCUUUGAAAUCAAGCUACACUGGAUGGCUGUUACUGCAGCCGUACUCUUUGAAAUGGUGCAAGGCUGGCACAGAAAGGCGGCAUCUUGUGGAUUCCUGCUUGUACCUGUGUUGGAGGUGCCCUUUGCUUUGUCAUCGUACCUGUAUGGUGACCCUCUCCGUGCUCAAUUGUUUAUCCCCUUAAAUAUCCAGUGCCUGCUAAAGGAGGGCUGUGAUAACCUGUUUGAGGGGUUUGAACCAGAGACAUACUGGGACAGAAUGCAGUUGUUUCAGGAGGCCAUACUGUCCAGAUUUGGCUUUGUUCAAGACAAGUUCUCAGCAUCAGCUUUUAACUUUCCAUCAGAGAACAAACCUCAAUACAUCCAUGUAACAGGUACAGUUUUUCUUCAGCUGCCUUACUCAAAAAGGAAAUACUCCAGUGGACAGCGGCGGCGCCGCAACUCCGCUACCUCCGCCAAUCAGAACCUGUUUGGUUCUGAGGAGCGAGUUGGCUACAAUUGGGCCUACAACACCAUGCUGACCAAAGCCUGGAGGACUGGCGUGCUGGGGGAUGAGAAACUGGCUGACCGCCUGCUGCGAGAUUUCACAGACUUUUGUGCCAACAAGGAUAAUCGACUGGUGACCUACUGGGAAAGUUGUGUAGAGAAAAUGAACGCAAGUGCCCCUUGAGAAAAGACAGUGGAGGAAAGGCAAUAGAUACUGUGUCAGAGAAAAAGACCUAAUGUACUGCUGCUGUCAUCUAAUCAGAGAGAAAUAAAGCAAACAGCCUCAUAAUCAAACAUUCAAAUGAAUGAGUCAUGUUUUCAGAGUGUCUGCACAUGCACCUGCUAUGUCUGAAGACAUCACAGUUUUGACUGGGUUUGAGUAAACGGUAUGUCGUCAGUAAAUUGUACAUAGGAUCAAUUUGUUAAUUAUUGCUAAGCCUCAUCUUAAA